UCAGGUGUCCGAAGCAGAUCCAAUAUGGCAGCAGCAAUCGGAGCAGCAGCUGCAGUUCUGGCGACGGCCAUCACUGCUGGUCAAGCUAUCGCUAACGCCAUUCCCACGUAUCGCCAGUGCGUCAUCUGGAUUGAAAAUCAGUGCAAAGACCGCACCCUCAGUAAUCCCAGAAACUAUGAAGACUGUGGACAUUGUAGCGAGCCUCUGACGCCUGUGAUCGUCCCUUCUGACACCGGCGGCGGCGUGUUCGUCAAGAACAGCUGGGCCACAUCUGGGUCUGUGGGCGUCAUCACGUACGACAUUAAGAAGGAGGGUUCAGGGGAAACCAAGAGGCUCGCCAUCAUGUACUCUGUGCCUUACAGCUACGUUACCUCUUCCAACUGGUUCGCAGUGGGAAUCUUUGACCGAUUCACACCGUGUAAUCAACAGCUGUUUAACAAGAUGUAUUACGAUUCUGGCCCAUUUACCCGAGGCAAAGCCAGCGAUGGGGAAAUCACUUACAAAAGCGAUGGUAUAACUCUGAAAGCCACCAUGUCCAAUGAGUACACGCCUACUAUCAAGCUGCAGAUAUUCGACUGAGUCCAGUUUGGUCAUUUUUGGGUGAUUUUUAGGUGGUUUUUGGGUGAUUUUUAGGUGGUUUUUGGUGAUUUUUAGGUGGUUUUUGGGUGAUUUUUAGGUGGGGUUUUUUGUUACUUUGUGUGUGAUUUUUAGGUGGUUUAGGUGUAACGAUGAUAGCGACCAUGUCCGAUGAGUACACGCUUGUUCCUAAGUUGUAAAUAUUCGACUGAGUCCACUUUGAGUGAGUGCCAACGGGAGGGAGAGUCUGGAAUAUUCUGGCAAACUGUAAAAGCAAAGAAAUACACACAAAAAUAUCCAAUCAAAACGACUCUGCACUUUUUGUGUAGAUAAUCAGAUAGGUCAUCUUAUAACACAGUAGUGCAUUAUAUUAUGAUAGAGAUAAAGUUUGAACAAUUCAGUGGAGACCAUGUUUAACCUCCUCAGACCCAGGAAAUGUCAGCAAAAGUACCGUCUUUUUUUUUUUUUUUUUAAAUUAAAUAAGUGCCCAUAUGGAAUGUCUUUUGUGGUGGACAGUUUUCUUUUUUUUUUUAUAAAGUUGUGAAACUCUCGUCCACAAAUGUGAACAGAAAACCCAUAGCUGGGUCUGAGGAGGUUAACAUAUCAGCAUCAUCCUUUCCAUUGGAUUAUUCCUGUAACUCUACUUGAACCUGAACCCUUUCACUGAUGGGCAGGACGUUUGACCCACAGUUGGAUUUCUGUCAUACACAUUGGAAAGUGUUGAAUAUCCUGAAAAGGUUGGGCUCGUGGCUAAAACACAACCUGAACGGCUCAAAUGUACCUGGAACCCUAAACAAAACGUCCAUGAACUUUCAGUUAAGGUUAGGGUUCCAUGAAGAGACUGUACAUGAUGGAUUAAACCACAGAAGACACAGGAAAGCAGAUCAGAUAACAGAAGAAUAAAACAGGUUUUGUUGAAAGUUUCCAGACAGACGUGUUCAGUGUGUGGUUGAACCUUUAGAUCUGAGACGCUCUGUGGUUUUCAGUCUGUGUUGUGUCUUCAUUCAACUGCUUCUGUCUGAGAAUGUCAUCAUGUUUUUAGAUGGAAAGCACUUUGGUGUUCUUUGGGUUGUUAUAAAGUGCUACAGAAAUAAACUUUGAUUGACU